UAUGAAUGGAAGAAAUAUGCCUAUAGGACAUCAUUUUGAAUAUUCUCCUCAAGUUUAGUAGAGGAGUCUCGCAACACUGAAAAUAGUAGCUCCAUUGUGCAUUGUAUUGGCAUUGGGUAGCAUCGUAAUUGGAUUCGUCUGGUACUCAUUUAAUGGACUGACUGAAUAUUUGUUAGUAGGAAUCAACAAUGUACUCUCAUUCUUUUAUUUAAGAUAGCAAUUCUAUUCACUUGCAUAUUUUCUCUUUACUGGAGUUUUACAUCCAAAGUGGUUGUCAACGAAGGAAUUGAUAUACCAGAAGGAAACCCCAGUUCCACAUUACCCUACCUCCAUUCCCUAUUUACUUAACUGGUUUGUGCAAUCGAAGGUGGGCUAGUGUUGAGUUUGAUUGAAUAUGAUUCCUACAACCACUUUUUAUUAGUUUUGCCACUUCAGAUACUCGAGAUAUUCCUCUUAUUAUACAUGGCAAAUGUGAGUCGAUAGUUCAACAUUAGAGAAUAUGGUAUUCAAAGAUUGAUUGUCUAUGGAACUUCUACUGUAAACCUAAUAUUUCUGAUAUUUGCAUCCUUCAGUCUUAAAUAAGUAACCCGAUUAAAUCUAUCUUAGGUCAUAUUAUAAAUAAACUCACAAUUAUAUUAAAUCUCAGCUACGAACAUAGAGGUAACUCUAGUGAAAGUAGUGUUGUUCGUGCUAUUUAUGGCAACAUUAGUAGUUUCAAUGUUCAAUUUAAAAAGAAUCAAAAUUUACUUCGUAACCCUUGCUUUUCUGGUCUUGUGCAUUUGUAUUUUAGCAUGCUGCAUCAAUGGCUUACUAGUUAGAAGAGUGUAAGAAUUGGAAAUUGAACUUUCAACUAGCAAAGGUUGUAAGUUUGCAAUGUAAUCCAUUUCGGAGAAGAGUUUGAAUGAUUAGUUGGAAUGUUCAUAAAAAUAUUUUGAUUUGGAAUUAUCACCCUAUCUUCCUUGUGAAUAGGACCUCUAAACUUACCAGUGGGAAACUAAUUCAAAAAAUAAUAAAUUGGGUUGCAUCAAUUAGAAAUGUUGUAAUAAUGUUAAGCAAUAUGUCUUUAAUCAAAUCAAUAGUCUAACUAUUUGGAUUAAUCUUAUAGUGAUGGUUGGAAUUGUCCAAGCUUUUAAUACUGCAAUGCUAUCUGAAGGAUCCUAUAAGAAAUUCAGAAUGCACAUAGUUGGAGAUGCAAUGGUUUUCAUCAUUCUUGUUCUCUUGGCUAUUUUAGUAGUUGUAGCAUAUAAUAUCACUCCUGAGUUAUCUGUAAAUGUCCAGCAUUCACUUGUCAAGUAUAUUCUUAUGGCCAAUAAUAUCUAGAUAGGAAUCGAUGUUAAAUCAGAUCACUGUUCUGCCAUCACCGGUUUACAAAAACUUCGACAAAUAGGAAAGAUUAGUUGGAUUCUACAAUCUAUAAAGUUGUGAACCUAUCUCUUCUAUUAUGAUCCAAAAGAUUUCAUUUAAAUCUACUGAUAAUUAAAAGGGGUAAUACGAUAAAAAUAAUUAGAAUUACUCUAGCCAUUUCUGGAACAAACGGAUAAUUUGUUGCUUUAAAAGAGUACAAUACUGAAAAACUAAAAAUAAUAAUUGAUGAUGAAAUAAACAAAUCCAUAUUCUCAACAUAAUCUCAACCAUUUGAUGGAAUUUUAAUCUAAGGAGAUAUAGAUGAAGUUGAGAAGUUCUACAAUAAUAAUUUGCAUUAUUGUUCAGAUAAUCCACUAAGUGCAGAUUUUGAUUUCAUGAUUGAUCAUUAUGAUAUUCCCUUAUAACAUAAUAGAAUGUUGGAGGCAUUAACCAAAGAACAAUAACAAGUUGGAGAUCAAGCAUUUAAAUUCUAUAAUGUCUAAGUCACGAUUGAAAACUCUGUCGAUUUUACACCUAUUGCUGAUGCUGUAAGUAAUUGAUUCCUAGUUUAGCUAAUUGAAGUCUACGAAGGUAAAUUCCUAUCAUAAUCUUGUCAAAUCAUCAGACAAUUGGAAAACAACUUACACGAACUAAAAACUAAUGAGCAAGGAAAUACAGAAAUCAAUAACUUAAGUCAAGGAUACUCUUACACUGUGUUAAUCUAUAAAUCAGGUAUAUUAUCGUAACAUAUUUCAAGGGUUCAAGAAGUCGUGUUCCGUCCUUGAUCUACAAAGAAGAGUGCCUAAAACUAACUAUAUUUUCAGAUUAACAAAGAGUAUACCUAAACAUUCAGUUCGGAUAUUGUUAGAAUGGACAUCAAAGACUCUCAAUUUGGAUUUAUAUAGUAUGUUUAAAGUAGGAGAGCACUCAUGUAUAACUGGUUCUCUCUCUAAAUCAUGUGGAGGAAUGCAAUUGACAACUUUUUCUAAAAAUGAUUAACAUAUUGAGGUGAUCGACAUCUAUCAAUUGGAGCCACAAAUCUAUACUAUAUUUGUGAAGAGAUUUCUGAGUAGGAGUCAAGCUUUGGAUCUUUUGAAGAACUCUGUAGUCAGCUAAGAAUGGAUUGAUGCAGAUCCUCAUAUUACUGUGUAUUUGAGUGAAUUAAACUACCCUCUAAUUGAGUUUAGAUUACCUUAAAGUAAGAUCUUUAUUAACUUAGAUAUCAAUUUACAAAUGGAUAAAUUGGAUUUAACUUGGAUGGUCUUCAAAAUUGAUGGACAAUAAUCGGAUGGUCCACAAACUAUACAAAAGAUGGAAUCUCUAAUUACGAAUGAGGACAUCAGGUCAAACACUGCAUCCAAUAAACCUUUCUGGCCAGAAAUUUGAAUUUUGAACACAUAUACAAUUACGUAUUUAUAUAAGAACGG